AACCGACAAGGGGUCCGUUAACCUCACUCAUCUCAUCCCACUCAUCUCAUCCCACCUUUUUUCCCCUUCUACCUUUAACAUCAUUGUGAGCAUCGACUUCACCACCCUUUGGACAACCUGCCAUUUUUGGUUUUUGUGUGUUCACCUUUAUCCUACCCACCCAUCCAAUGCUCCCACAUUAGUCCGAGAUCACCGCUCGCCUCGUCACGGUCACAGCACACCUCUCUCCUCCCUUUCAGGUCUCAGCUUCCUCAACCGAUCGAUCGCCCACCACCUUUUUGCAGGCAGGCUUCGAUACCCUAGUGAAGCUUCACCCACCCCCACCAUUACGGUCACGUUAUCACAAACUUGGGUCGCUUCAGGAAACACCACCCGACAAGAAGCUGGGAAGAUGGUCAAGAAGGGCGGCGCUUCUCUCGUCCCCGACGCCUGGGAGGAUGAUGACUGGGAGUCUGCAGCCGACAAGCUUGACGCCCAACCUACAGAGGUGCAGCCUGAACCGCAGGUACCGAUGACCAAGGCAGAGCGGCUCGCCCAGCAUGCCGAGCAGAAUAGAAAGCUUUGGGAAUCAGCUGACUCCCACGCCCACACCAAUGACCUUCCUCGAAGCCCAACCUCGGUACCCUCGCCACGGGCUUCAAACCCCAGGUCAAAGUCCUGAGCCGAAAACCGGCGCCCCGAACAAUCGCCCGGCGCGACCCCGUCACUGGCCUCCUCUCCCACCUGUCCUCGCUGACGACGACGCCGACGACCAACACGCCGAGAAGAAGCCGCAGCUCACGCCCGAGGAGAUUCGCGCCAAGCAGCAGCGCGAGCUCGAGGAGAAGCAGCGGCGGUACGAGGAGGCGCGCGCGAAGAUCUUUGGCGAGUCGAAUCCUUCCUCUGGCGCCUCGAGCCCGAGUGGGACAGUCACGCCACCUAGAGGGGGAGGAGGAGGUGCCGAGAACGAGAGAGGUGGAGGGCGCGGCCGUGGACGAGGACGGGGCCGUGGCGGUGGUGGUGGCGGUGGAUACCGAGGAACUCGAAUCGACAAGACGACCUACGACGACCUGGCAGCAGUCGAUCCGACGCCGUUCGCGCCGAGAGCGGUCGUGAGCUCGACCCCGGAUACGCACCCCGAGGCGGCUUCGGGAUGCAGAAGCGUGGGGGCGGCGACGGCCCAAACACGUACAACACGUACAACACAUACAACCCGCAUUCUGGACGUUCAACGAGAGACGUCGAGGACCAGCCCAAGCAGGCCAUUCAGCUCCACGCGGACCGGAUGGGACUGGAAGAGUGGAUUCGGCUUCGCCAAGCGAGGCACAAAGGAAGGAUGA